GAACAGCUAUAACAGAACAGAAACGCGGCGGAAGGUUCCAGCUUUAAACUGAACCACACAUAUGGCUCGUGGGAUGCCUGAGUUUGUCGCAAGGACUUGAAAUCGUACGCGGGACGCACAGCGCUGUGGCAGGGGCGUGUCCGCCAUCUUGUCUAUGAAGUGGCGCCUAAACAGCAGCUCCGGCCGUACAAGAUGGCAGUUAAUGACUGCACUUAAACGUUGCACGACUCCCACUUAGUGCUUUAAAGUCACGUUUGUCUCUUUCGGCUCUGCUGUGGGCUGGUUUCGACAGCCAAUGAUUCCGUCUCUCCCGGCAGAAAUCGGGAGCUCCAGUCGCAGCCUUUUGUUGUCCUCCCCCCUUUCCCUCCUUCGCCUCCUCCUCCGUGUUUGUUUAGGGCUUCUUCUGCCCUGCGCAUGCGUGUAACCAUGGCGCUCAUUUCUGGAGCCGAGAAGGAAAACAAGCAAGAUUGAUCGAAUGUAUUCACUCGGCGUUUGAAAUGACCACCUCUGAGCUUUCACGGAGCCAUUAUCCAUGUCAUUCUGACAAGCAGUUGAGAUGUCCAAUGACAGCCAAGGAACGGUGAAGGGGGAGGCGGCCAUAGUGCAUUCUCCCACUGUCUCCGCCUCCUCGCAAGGACCGCCCCUUUCUCCCACCACCUCAAAACCACCUGAGCUGCCAGAUGAGCUCAUUCAAGCUGGCUGGUCCAAGUGCUGGUCUCGGCGGGAAAACCGACCAUAUUAUUUCAACAGGUUUACCAAUCAGAGCUUGUGGGAGGUGCCAGUGCUGGGUCAGCAUGAUGUCAUUUCUGACCCCUUAGGCCUGAAUGCGGCGUCUGCAGAGGGCGGAGACAGUAACUUAGGUAAUGGCCAGAGGAAGAGGCGGAGCUCCGAUGAGCAGGCGGGGGCACCUAACAGCGUGAAACGGGCCAAGGUGAAAGAUAAAAGAGGGGAUGGUAAAUUGAAAUGGGAUUGUGGGAAUAUGAGUCCUCUACAAAUAUGUUUGUUUUUACAGGUUGAGCCUACCACACCCAUUUCUCCCAGCACCCCAGGAGUCAAACCCUGGAGCACCGCCCCUGAUGAUAAACAAACCCCAUCGGCCACGUCGGCAACACCGAGCCCCGCCCCUGCUCCUUACAAGCCAGCGAUUAUCUACUGGGAUCUGGACAUCCAGACCAACGCUGUGAUCCGUGAGCAUCCUCCUGCCAACCACUUGCCCCCCCACCCUGAGGUGGAACUUCAGAGAGCUCAGCUGGUCACCAAACUGAGACAGCACUAUCACGAGCUGUGCCACCAGAGAGAAGGUAUUGAUCCGCCCCGGGAGUCGUUUAACCGUUGGCUGCUGGAGAGAAAAGUAAUUGAUAAAGGUCUUGACCCCUUGUUGCCGAGUGACUGUGAACCCAUCAUAUCUCCGUCCAUGUUCAGAGAAGUCAUGAACGACAUUCCUAUCAGGUUGUCUCGUAUCAAGUACAAGGAAGAGGCAAGGAAGCUGUUGUUUAAAUACGCUGAAGCUGCCAAGAAGAUGAUCGACUCCAGGAACGCCAGCCCAGAGAGCAGAAAGGUGGUGAAGUGGAACGCAGAAGACACCAUGAGUUGGCUGCGCCGGGAUCACUCUGCUAGCAAAGAGGACUACAUGGACCGCCUGGAGCACCUGAGGCAACAGUGUGGUCCUCAUGUAACCGCUGUCGCCAAAGACUCAGUGGAGGGUAUCUGCUCCAAAAUCUACCAGUUGUCCUCAGAGUACAGUCGUCGCCUGAGACACACACACCUGAGUCUGCUGCCGGACCCACCCACAGAAGCUUGCCCAUCACCGCCACAGUCCCGCUUGGUCUACUGUUACCCGCUACGCCUGGCGCUGCCGUCUCCACCGCUGCCACGCGUGGAACUUCAUUUUGAGAAUGACGUGGCCUGCCUGCGCUUCAAAGGAGAGAUGGUCAAAGUGAACCGGGGUCAUUUUAGCAAACUGGAGUUGUUGUACAGGUACAGCUGCAUUGAUGACUCUCGCUUUGAGAAGUUCCUGUCCAGAGUGUGGUGCCUCCUCAAAAGAUACCAGGUGAUGUUUGGCAGCACCACUAAUGAGGGCACAGGCCUGCAGGGGGCACUGCCAGUGCCUGUCUUUGAGGCCUUGAAUCGACAGUUUGGGGUGUCCUUUGAGUGUUUCGCCUCGCCGCUCAACUGCUACUUUAAGCAGUUCUGCUCCGCCUUCCCCGACAGCGACUGCUACUUUGGAUCACGAGGGCCUUUCUUGUCUUUCUGUCCUGUCAGUGGCUCAUUUGAAGCCAACCCGCCCUUCUGUGAAGAGAUGAUGGAUGCCAUGGUGACACACUUUGAGGAGCUUUUGGACAAGUCCACUGAGCCUCUGUCCUUCAUAGUCUUUGUUCCUGAAUGGCGCGACCCUGUCACCCCGGCCCUGAGCCGCAUGGAGGGAAGUCGAUUCCUUCGUCAUCAGAUGAACGUCCCGGCCUAUGAGCAUGAGUAUCGCUCUGGGAGUCAACACAUCUGCAAGAGGGAGGAGAUGUACUACAGGGCGGUCCAUGGUACUGCAGUACUCUUCCUGCAGAACGAUGCCGGCUUCACUAAGUGGGGUCCGACGCCAGAGCGUCUGGCCGAGCUGCUGGCCGCAUACCGCCCCUCUUCCUUACGUACGUCCUCCUCUUUGUCCUCUCCUGGCCCUGCCCACACAGCUGCAGGCGAUAGAGACUCUGCCCCCAAACCUGCUGACAGGAUGCAGAGCACGGUGAUCUCACCAGGUAGCCAUGACAACAACAACAACAACAACAACACCAACAGCAGCAGCAGCAGCAGCAGCAGUAGUCCGAAAGACAAGAUAGCCACUGUAUAAAGGAGGUGUGGCUUGCUUUGUGACUCCAUCCUUUCACUUUUUCCCUCACCAGCAUCUGUAGCACCCUCCGCCUUUGUCACUUACCCAUAUCGUACCCUUGUGUUGUGAUUGGUCGAAGCUCUGACAUCAGCACGUUUGGACCGUUCUGUUGCAGCAAUAAUAAACAUCCCACUUGUGACGUCACAGGAGGACCUCCCAUUGGUCCCCUCACAGACGGCGCUUGGGGAUUGGUCGACAAGGCAGCUAUCUUCUUUGUUUGUCACCCUUUUGGACUCGCAGAACCGGUGGCUUCAGUUCCCGCCUCCUGUUCAAUUAAGCGUUAGAAAUCGGCAUGAGGAGUCAGAAACACGCUUUGACAUCACAGACAACUGUUGGAGCAGCAGGAGCUGCUUCUCUGUGUGGACUUAAUCAAAUUGUUUGACAUGAAUUUAGCUGAAUACAGAACAGUUGGUGUUUUAUAUUCAUAUGUGAUGUCACACAACAAGAUAGAUAAUGUCUUUACCCCAGAAAGAUCUUGUGACCUGUUUUCAUUUAGUAGGACAGGCUCCUCCCAAUCGAUGCCUCUGGUGUUCUUUGCUGUGAUUGGUCCAAUCAGGCGCCUGUUGGCCGCUGUGUAGAUAAUGUACAGUGAAACUGAUCUCAAAUCUGUUGAUGUCCUUUCAACUUCCCAUCCAUGCUUUUUGUUUGAUUUAAAUUUAACAUUUUUAAAGAGACAUGUUUUCUGCAUUGUACUGUUUACAAUAGUUUCUUCUAAACUAAACCAAAGUGUUAUUAAAAAAAGUAUAUAUAUGUAUGUUCAAGUAGAAGUGUGUCUGCCUUUACACUAAUGCUGAAGUCAAUCCAGCACCUUUUUUUUUUGUUUAUUUCAUACUACGUGUGUCAUGUUUGCUUCUUAGUGCAUGAAACGUUUUUCUUAAAUAUUUUCCUGCUUGAAUCUUGAGCAGAAAACUCCAUGUUUUCAUUUCCGAUGAGUAGAGCUGAACAAUAUGCAAAACACUAUAUUGCCAUUAUUUGAACAGAUGGUUGAUUGAGUGUCUGUUUUAUUUUAGGUUGACUCCUGCUUCUGUGAUUAGUUGGGUUGUUUUCUUUCUUUGGAGCUUUGCUGGCUUUCAAUGUUUGUGUUGAGUUUAAGUUUUGCUAAAACAAAACAAAUCAACUGACCUUUUCCAACCACAUUUGUAAAAGUGUCUUUUUGAUGAAUGAAAACAUGAGACUAUUACCUUAACGUGUAAAUGAAGUUUGGAUUUGCAGGCUGUGUAAAGGGAAACAUGACUCAUAAAACAUUUAAAAUGCUUAUCGUUUUGAGGAGAUAUCAGCUAUUUAAAUGUUAUGGAAUACAGAUGAUUGUUUUAAAUUAUAGUUCUGUAAGAGUCUGUUUAUUGUGAUUUUUAAUACCAACACAAAAAUUGCAGCUGCAAUCAGCAGCUUUUUUUUGUUUAUUUGUUCAAAUUAUCCUUGCAAUUGUGAAUUCUAGCAAGCAGUACUUUUGUAAAUAUGAGCGAACGCAGGCUGGAGAAUGUACAUAUGCUCUGUUUUACGUCUUGCCGACAGACAAAAUGCAGUUUCACGCCCAGUAAAGAUAUAUUCAACAUU